UCUUAUAUCUCAACUUUUUCCUAAGCCAUCCCCGCCAUUAGUCUCAUAAAAACAACUCCUCUGUACAGUUUAAAUUCCAGCUUAAAUGUUACACUUCAAACCAAAAAAAUUAAAAGUAAAUGUUUAGCUUAAGCUAAAAUCUAAGUUUACAAAAAUAAAAGUGAGCAAAAACACACACAAAUUAAAAUCAUAUUUGUAACAACAACAAAAUUACGGAAGGCCCACACAUUUAAAUAUAAGCCCAUUAUUUACUAGCCCAUGAGCCCAAUAUGCCAGCGGCCGAGAUCCGAGUCAGUUCCGACGGCGCUGACCGAAGAAACGCGUCUCUGGAGACGAAGAAGAAGAAAAAAACACGAUAGACGAGAGGAGAUUUGGAGAAAUCAGCAUUACAGAAAAUGGCGUGCACGACCUACAGUUGCAAGGAAUGCGAAUCGGAUCUGAAUCUGAACCCUAACGAUUUGUUCCCUCCUGAUUUCUACUUCGAAGCCGGGAACAAAGGAACCGUCUCCUUCGCCGGCGUAGACGCCGAGAAAUUCAGAUUCGAGAAAGAGGACAAGAUCAUGCCAUUUUUCGAAACCCUAAAUUACUGGGGAAUCCAACGGAAACGGACCAAGAUCAAGUGCAAUAGCUGCGGCCACCUCAUCGGCUACAUCUACGACGAUGGUCCGCCGCUCACCGGCGGUAUCGGCCAGUACGGGUUCGGUCCGAGUCAGGUUGUUCCUCGUGCUCCUCGGUAUCGAUUCAAAACCAAGGCGCUUCGAGUCUCGUCCCAGACCUAAAAACAGCUACUUGAACCAGAGGUUUUUUUUUUUGAAACGUACUUGAACCAGAGGUUUUAAGCUUUACAUAUGAAUUAAGAUAUACUACACAUGUAUAUAAUCAAGUUUGUGGUUAACUUGGAUUUGUGAUCAUAUUUGUUUUGUUUGCGUUCGAUGUGAAUCAUAUGGUUGCUCAAUUGUUCAAAUUUAGAAUGAAUUAUGAAUCUUUUUCAUCUUCUCUUCACUAUUCAGUUGAAUUUUCGUACGAGGAACUUAAAGCUUGAAUUUUUUUUUUCUCUCUUUCUCGGCUUAAAGUAUAAGUGAAGAACAGAACGAGAACUAAUAGUUAAUUAAUGGAGAACGUCAUAAUGAGAAUGGCCUUUCGGUGAUAGUGAUUGCGAUGGCCAUUCAUGAUUCAACGGCUGUGAUUGAAAGAUGUACCAUUUGGUGCUUCAA